AUGAAUUAAAUUGAAAUUGAUAGUGAAGAAUUUCCAAUUUUAAUUUGGGUUGACAACAAAAUUUAGAGUAUGGAGAAUACUUUAUAUCGUGAACAAUUACAGAAUGAUUACUAAGGCUUAUUCCAAGCUUUCGAUAAUAUUGAUGAUGCUUUAAGAAUAUUAUAAAAAAUUGAUAAAAGAGAUGUAACUAUUAUAACAAGUGCAAAAUGUGCUUAUGAACUUGUUAAGCAUACUAAAUAAAACAUGAUAGUGUUUUGUGAAGAAAGAUUAUACCAUUUAGAUUUAUUCAUUAACAAUUCCCAGAUCAAGUCAAUAGUUUCUGAUUCAUUUUAAUCAGCUCAUGAAAAUGCUAUCAUGAGUAUGAACUAAUCGGAUAUUUUAAAAAAAUUCCUCAACCUAUUAUCACCACCCUAACAUUAAGCUACAUAAUAUCAACAUUCAAAAGAUCAUGUGAGUAUCUAAUUUCUAGUUGUUAUAGAAGAAUUAAGAAAAAACAAAGAACCUAAAGAAUAAGAUGUCUUUUCUGAAAUAGAGUAUAUGCUUGAUAUUCAAAAUAUUGAUGUGAAUAAGAAGAACGCAAUUUUUGAAGAUUUAAAAAAAAAAGAAAAUGAAAAGUUUAAUCUUAAAAAGCAAUCAUUCGAUUUAUUUGAGAAAUUAGUAUAUCUCUGCCGCAGAGAAGAGAUUUCUUAAACAUUUAACUAACAGUUUGCUUAGCAUAAUUAUUAAUAAGUGAAAAAUAUCAUCUUAUGUCUUUAUUAAGGAUUUAAACAAAAUAAUUGCAAAAAAGGUGAAAUUAAAUCUCUUUUUAGAAGCAUAUACUUCGAUGAUAAAGGAAUAUUUGAAUAAAUAAUUAGAGAUCUAAAUUCUUCCAAAAAUGAGGGGACAUCAUUAUUCUGGAAUACAUUGACUAGCACAUCGAUGAAUUUUGAUAUUGCACAAACUUUUGCAUAGAAUAAUUUUUAUGGAAUAAUUUAUAAAAUCGAAUUAGAUGAAGAUGUUCCUCACCCUUGCUUUAAGUUAGAAUUUAUCACUCUCAGUAUCCUUAAGAAGAAGUAAUAUUAUUCCCAUAAUUUCAAUUUAUUGUUUAAGAAAUUAGCGUCGGGAAAAUGA